GUUAAGGAACUCUUUUCUUCUUUGGGAGUUGAAUGUAAUAUCUUGGAACUUGAUCAAGUUGAUGAUGGGGCCAAUGUUCAAGAAGUGCUGUCAGAGAUCACUAAUCAGAUAACUGUACCCAAUAUUUUUGUGAAUAAAGUACACAUGGGUGGAUGUGAUCGAACUUUUCAGGCACAUCAGAGUGGUUUAUUACAGAAGCUUCUUCAGGAAGAUUCAGCAUAUGAUUAUGACCUCAUUGUCAUUGGUGGCGGUUCUGGUGGCCUUGCAUGUGCUCAGGAAGCUGCUAUUUUGGGAAAGAAAGUUAUGGUGCUAGACUUUGUGGUCCCAUCACCUCAGGGCACAUCCUGGGGUCUUGGCGGUACUUGUGUAAAUGUAGGCUGUGUUCCUAAGAAACUGAUGCAUCAAGCUGCCCUUUUGGGGCAGGCAUUAAGUGACUCAAGGAAAUUUGGCUGGGAGUAUAAUCAACAAGUGAAGCACAACUGGGAGACCAUGACAGAAGCAAUUCAGAACCACAUUGGCUCUCUAAAUUGGAACUACAGGCUGUCUUUGAGGGAGAAGGCUGUGGCCUAUGUAAAUUCCUAUGGAGAAUUUGUCGAACAUCAUAAAAUAAAGGCAACCAAUAGAAAAGGACAGGAAACUUGUUAUACUGCUGCAAAAUUUGUCAUAGCAACAGGUGAAAGGCCACGGUAUUUAGGAAUCCAAGGAGACAAAGAAUACUGUAUUACUAGUGAUGACCUUUUUUCUCUGCCUUAUUGCCCUGGCAAAACGUUAGUAGUUGGUGCAUCUUAUGUGGCUCUGGAAUGUGCAGGAUUUCUUGCUGGCAUUGGCUUAGAUGUCACAGUUAUGGUGCGUUCAAUCCUUCUUCGUGGCUUUGAUCAAGAAAUGGCAGAGAAAGUGGGUUCCUACAUGGAACAACAUGGUAUUAAGUUCCUAAGAAAAUUUAUUCCAGUAAUGGUUCAACAGUUGGAGAAAGGUCCACCUGGAAAGCUGAAAGUAGUGGCAAAAUCCACUGAAGGACCCGAAACUAUGGAAGGAGUAUAUAACACAGUUUUGUUAGCAAUUGGUCGUGACUCCUGUACAAGGAAAAUAGGCUUGGAGAAGAUUGGUGUCAAAAUCAAUGAGAAGAGUGGCAAGAUACCAGUAAACAAUAUGGAACAGACCAAUGUGCCCUAUGUUUAUGCUAUUGGGGAUGUUCUGGAGGGUAAACUUGAGCUCACUCCUGUCGCCAUACAGGCGGGCAAGCUGUUGGCUCGAAGACUUUUUGGGGGCCGUUUAGAAAAGUGUGAUUAUAUUAAUGUUCCAACUACAGUGUUUACUCCUCUGGAAUAUGGCUGCUGUGGAUUAUCUGAAGAGAAAGCUAUUGAAGUAUAUAAAAAAGAGAACCUGGAAGUAUAUCAUACUUUUUUCUGGCCUCUUGAAUGGACAGUAGCCGGCAGAGACAACAAUACUUGUUAUGCAAAGAUAAUUUGCAAUAAAUUUGACAAUAAUCGGGUGAUAGGAUUUCAUAUUCUUGGACCGAAUGCCGGUGAGGUUACCCAAGGAUUUGCAGCUGCAAUGAAAUGUGGGCUCACGAAGCAGCUACUUGAUGACACUAUUGGAAUUCACCCCACAUGUGGUGAGGUAUUCACCACUUUGGAAAUCACAAAGUCAUCGGGACUAGACAUCUCUCAGAAAGGCUGCUGAGGCUAGACCUGCUGCUAUCUAGUCUCCCUUGUCUAUUUCUAUUUCUUUCAAAGAUAAGAACUCUGUUGGGUAAAGUGAGUCUGUACUCAGGA